UCUAAACGAAUUGUCGUUUGAUGUGAAGUAAACAGUAUGGAUAUUUUUGCCAGUAAGAUAUUUUAGAGAAAUGUGGUUCAAAUCAUAUAAUCCACUAUUAAUUUGAGACUGUUUUAGUCCAAGGAAUAAACAUGUGGCCCGUUCUUUUAAAUAUGACACGCGACGAAUGUCGCCGGACGCUCAGAAGACUUGAGUUAGAAGCAUAUUCGAAUAUGAUAAGCGUGUUUAGAGCGCAAGGGGCAUUGGAAGAAGAUAGAAAAAAGUUACUCGAGGAACUGCGCGCCGUUUUGCAUAUAAGCCAUGACCGCCACAGUGCUGAAGCGCGACGCGUGUCUAAUGACGAGCUCUUAGCAACAAUAGCUGAGCAUAUAGCUGGUCCAAACACAGGGCUAGCAUGGAUCAGCGAGGGACGUCGAAUUAUACCUCUGAUGCCACGUGGUAUUGCUCAAACCAUGUACACAGAGAUUGCGGACAAGGUAGCAGAAGUAACAGCAGCUGAGAAUAAAGAACUUAAAAAAAUGGAAGACAAACUCAUUACACCAAUUUCAAAGGAAGUAGAAAUGCCUGAUCCAGAAACUGCUGAGUCUGCUUUGGAAUGCAGCGAGAAAAUGGAUGAAGUUUAUCCACCCAUUGCUACUGAAGACCAUUCAAGCAAAAUAUGGGAGACGGAAAUAAUUUGUCGAAAACGGAAAUUAGCAGAGGAUGGUGAAUUUGAGGACACCAUCACACCAGUAAAAAAUAUGAGAAAUAUUCCUGUUAAUAUGCAUCAGAAACAUGUAAACUUAUCACAAGUUUAUUCAAAAUAUUCACAGCCCACUGUCAGCAAACAAUCAAGUCAGUCAAAACAUUCAUAUAAUCAAGUUAGUAAAGUUUCAAGUAAGCCGUGUCAGACACGAGGGCCCAGACAGCAAAAACCUAAAGUGCAAAAGCCUAAGGUUCCUCGUCAGAAAAAGCAACCAAAAGAUGUUCAAUCGUCACCUGCAAAACAGUUCAGUCCAGUCUCUUUGCAAAUGGAAUACUCCGGUCCACCCAAUACCUUCCAGGCUAGUUACGCCCAAUCCAUAUUGUCCAACAAAAACAGAGAUUUUAUGGAUGAAUUUAAACCAAAAGUAAAGUCCUCACCCGGAAUGGUCAGCGAGUCUCCCACAAUGCAUUUGUUAACGCAACCCGCUACUGUCCCACAUGAGUUAGGGCUUUCGGAAAACGCACAUCCGGAUGAUCCAAAAUCAUUGCAAGCUCAAAGCACGCCGAUUGCAAAGCAACCACUAAACACGGUCAAGGCGUCCCAAAUUAUUCUCAAAAGCCGAGAAUCUGAAAAGAAAGUUCCCGUGCCAGACAUUAAAAUAGUACAAAAAUCCAAUGACAAUAUAAAAAUACUCGCGAACAGACAAGUCGUGGUGGCGCCGAGUUCCGCGCAAAAAACUUUGAAUGCGAGGAAAUUAGUUACGGCGAAAGUAAUAGGUUCGAUUCCGAAUGUUAGAACGUCCACAACGCCCGUUAAAACCAUAUCCGAUAAGAUGGUUGUUGUCUCUAAAGCCCCAAUCGAUACUAGAAUAUCGCAUCCAAAAUUCGUUAUAACAUCAUCGUCGACUGCUACAUCCAUGAAAUCUUCUACCCCAGUCAGUACAAAUAACUAUGCACCCCCCACUUCCGAAACUUUGACCCCGAAGGGUAUCCCCGCAACAGAUUUAAAAGUUUCAGCAAAAACAUUUGUGAAUCCUAAGUCUGGAAAAACGAUGGUUGUUUUGCCAGCAAAGUCGAGCAAAGAAGGUCCCUUAUUCCACUUUAAAGGCGUUUCGACAGCCAUGAAGGUAGUUUCAGUUAGUUCACAACCCAACACAAUGCCGACAUCAAAAUUUCAUCCAGGGUCUUCAACAUUAAAACCAACUAUAGUCAGUGCUGCUAGCCCUAAAAUUCUUGGUACGGAGCCAAUAAAAACUGCCAAUUUGGCUGACAUCGUUCCAGUUAAAGGUUUAACGCCGACACAAAAAAUUAUAAGCCCCAUAGUUAGACCGGUCAAUGCGAAAGCGAAAGGGAACGUAAUAGUCGUUCAGAAAAGCGCAAAUCUCGGGAAAACCUUGAAAUUUACCAAGAACGGCAAUGAUAUGUCGAAAAUCAUAAUGGGGCAGAAUGUAAAUCAAUUGUUGCAAGCAAAGUCGGAACAGGGAGAACUGUCUAAAUCCAAUGUAAUUGUGUUGGAACUGAACAAUGAGCAAUCGGGAAAGACGACAACUAUGUCCGAAAUACUAGAUAGUCACAUACAAAAACCUACCCCGGAGGAGAAUAAAACGAGUCAUAUUAUAACCCAGGACACGCCAGUGUUAUUCGAUAGUCACCCUGAAGAGGGUAGGAGUCUAGAUUCAACUGCAUCCUUGGAGAAAGAUGGAAACCGACAGAGUGAAGCCAAAGAUUCACCCAGUGAUUGGGAUAUGGAGAUCGAAUCAGGUCCCGAUAGCAAAAAGAACGCUGACAAAUUGAACUCGUUACAUUUAGAUCUUGGUAUGUCCAGUGAGAGUGAUACGGAAUAUAUGGCUGAUGGCAAGAACAAGAGUGACCAUUCGUCACAAGACAGCGUUCACCAAGAAACUGAGAGAGGGAUGACCGGUGAAUUAUAUAGUGGGGGGAGCAUGUCUCUAGCCACGAGGACGUUACUCAGUCAGCUCCAAGACGAUGGUUCGUCGAGUAACGACUCCUCGUUCGCGCUCAAAUCGAAAAAAGCCGCACAGAGUAUUAAAAUCGACAAAUCCGAGUCCGAAGCGUUGUCCAAGGCGAAAGCGAAGCUUACGCAAAAGGUGGCGGAGGCACAAAGCCAGCAGAAACGAAUAGACGUUUAUAGCACUGCAAUUGCGACGACUGACAUAAACCUUGACUCGUUUUCGUAUUUAGAUGAGAGUUUGAUGGCCGAUGACGAAUAUCCUGAGGGCAAGCGAGAACCCCGACGCGAUAUUCUAGACGAUCAAUUGAGCCGCCUACUAGCAGAGGACUCUGCCAAUUCGUCGGACUCACAAACGCUCGAACAAUUGCCUAUGACCAACGAGUGACUGUGAAAGUGUUUUCUGUGAAAAUUACUCGACCCAUGAGGCUAAUGAAAUGACAUAUUUUUUAUAUGUAUGUACAUUAUGUUUUAAAACGUUUACAAAUGUCGGUACAAAGGUACUGCAAUGUUUAUUUGUUUGCGAUUCGGACCAGAAUGUAAAAUAUUGUAAAGGGCAAGAAUACUAGAGCCUCUAUUCAGAUCUGUUUAUUUUUUUUCAGUGCUAUUAAAUUCGCAAUCGAAUUAAACUAUUUCAAAUGUACCGGAUAGAAAAUACAGCAUCUCUUGCCUAUUUACUUGUACUUAAAUAUACCAUAUACAUAGCUAAUAUAUAGUGAAAUUAUUUUUUGCUAAAUGCCGCCAAAGUAGAAAUUAUUAAUAAAUUUUAUAAUGUACGUGUCGAGUUAUGGAUAUAUUUUAAUUUUCUUUCCUACACUUACCUAUACUUUUCUCUAUUCGAAACCUACAUAUCCAUUUUAUUAACUUCCUAAAAUACCAAUGAGUAGUCUUAAAAUGCUCAAGCAAUAACGUAUAAAUUAGUAAGUUAUGUAUAAAUAUUUACGUGUCAUUAUAUUGUAUUAUAUUCGUGAUUUUUACUUUCGUUUUAAUGUGGUAAUGUAGGUUGCCAUUUUAAAUGUAAUUACGCCAACGAAUUAUAAAUUUAAAUGUAUCGAAAUGGGGUUGGUCGCUACAAUUGUUAUUAUUUAGUGAUAAGUGACGUUUUUGAGCGUAUUUUUUUAAAUCUAAAUAAAAGAACCUUCUGCCAAUUCAACUAAAGUUAAUGUGGAGUAUGGGAACUCAGUGUAUAUAAGUUGAUAUGUAGAUUAAAUUAAAUUAUGAGGUUUUAUAUUUCUUAAAAAUACUGACUUUUCUCUGAAUUAUUUUUCGUUCAUCUCGCCUUGUAUAUUACUCAUACGCACAAAUGAUUAGAUUUAAGACUUAUGUUAAUGUGUUGAAUGUGAAUGAUACAAGUUUUAUGUUACACGCAAAUCUGAAUUUAGUUAUCAAUUUUGGCAUAGUUUAGUUUGAUCUCAAAUGUUCCGAGCUGCAUUCACAUAGCUGGUUGUAAUUUUCAAUGGUGCAUAAUAAUUUUAGGGUAAUGCUCUGUUAUAGCAGUUUUUGUUUAAGUUUACUGCAAUUUAUCAUUUCCAUUCACCUAUGGUAAAACAACGUUGCAACAACAAACAACAAAGUUUUAAAACCUUCCACUAAUAUUUAAAGAUAAUGACUUUGUAUGGGGAAUGGAAACAGAUAUGUUUUAGUAUAAAUAGAAUGCAAUGUACAAGCAGGGUUUUAUUCGCAAUUAAUAUUGUGUAUAUCGAGUCAAACUUUGCUUAAUUUGGUACGAGGUACUUGAUUCAGAAGAUAUAUAUUGCCAUAUUAAAUGGCGGUCUGUAAUUCAGUAUACCCCUUAUUACAUAAAAGUAUGUAUUUAGAAAGGUGUAUAUAAACAUGUCCUUCAAUGAUGGCCUAAAUGUUGUUUCGUCGGGUUAAUAAUUACAUUAAAAUUGUACAACACUUUAUUCCUUAUUUUCAGAUUUUUUAAUAUUUCAGUAGGUACAAUGGAGUUUAAGUACAUUGAGGGUAGUUUAAAAACUAUUAAAAUUCCAUUUAACCUGACUAUUUAUUAACAGUAUUAAAACCUACUUGGUGUGAAAACUUUGUAGGUUGACGUUUUACAAAAAUGUUAAGUACAGAUAUCACCUAUAUAGCAGCUAAGAUAUGCUGUACUCGAAUGAAUGCAUGAAAAACCAAUACUCUCCUAAUGGGUAAGUGGUAUCUUCAUACUAAUGUGAAAAUGUGCAUUGACUGUGCCAUUAAUAGAUUAUGACAAAUUGUGUAAAUAAUAAUAGGUAUUGUUUUUAUCUACAAGUUAUGUAUCAUAUUAGCGAUAUUUCUAAAUAUAUUGUGUAAUUAGCGUAAAUUAGUGAAAUGUUAGAUUUAUAUUUUGUAUUGGAUGCAGGUGAAUAUGAUUAAGAUUGUUGUCAAGAUAAAAUCUAUUGAGAUUGUUUUUUAAUAUAUUAAGGCGAACCCAACUUGUGGGGCACUAAAUUAACAAAGCAACCGAAUUUAAAUUCUUCGCUCGUUUUAUUUCAUAAUAGUAAUAUUAUGCUAAUGAAUAGCAAACAGUUUGCUUUGUUUACUAUCUCUACGAAAUAUUGUCCAGCGUCGUGAGGUGCGUAGCGCCUUCUACGCUAGUUCUUAAAACCGUGUGAAAUAUAGCUCGAUUUUGACAGCUGUCAAACUUAAAUGACAGUACUCUUUGGCUGUGCCGAAGACUCCUCACAGAUUAUUUUAAAGUAUGUAACUAAAUUAUUCGUAAAAUAUUUUUCAGUUUUAACGUAACUUGAAAUGAGUUCGAUUUUUUUAACAAUUUUAUAAUUAUUUAUUCAUUAAAGCAUUUAAUGUGAAAAAAAAAUAUUGCACGGGACCUAGUUUGCAAAUAUCUGGCUAUAUUUGACAAGGCAUUGUUAAUCAAGAAUCUAAAAUAAUAUUAUUUAAUUUAGUCAAUAUUAACGAUUGACCUGCAUCAACAAUAGAAUAAGGAUUUUGUUUGUCGGCUGUAAAUAUCGCAUUAGUUUCAUUAGAAUCACUAAAAACGUGUUAAUACAAUUUCGUGUUUCUUUUUUCGCAUCAAGUUUAUUUUUCAACCUAUUUUAAAAUACACAGUUUUAAUUA